AUGCAACUAACUCCCGCGCCCGCACGCAUACACCUCCUGCUGCUGGGGCUCGGACUGGUGGUGCAGAGAUACGUCCUCGCGGAGGCGCCCGGCCUGCCUCGCGUUCGUGUUGACCCUGCCACCCACUUCUUCGUCGACACCAGCGAUCGCGUCCGCGUAUUCCACGGCGUAAACGUCGUCGAGAAGCUGCCCCCAUUCCUCCCUGUUUCAACGGGGUUCGACGCUCGGAACUCGCUCUCCGAAGCAGACAUCCUCAACCUCAGCUCGUGGGGGCUAAACGCGGUCCGUCUUGGUGUGCUCUGGGCGGGUGUGAUGCCACAGGAAGGCUGGGUCAACGCGACUUACCUCCGCACCGCGCGAUCAUUCGUUCGAGCUCUCGCGGCCAGAGGGAUUUACACCCUCGUCGACAUGCACCAGGACUCAAUGGGCGCGCGUUACUGCGGCGAGGGCUUCCCGGAGUGGGCAGUGCAAAAGGCGCUCAGGCUGAGCGGGAUGAACGUAAGCGCAGCGAACAGAUUUCCAAAGCCGUUUCACUGGGACAUGCGUGUCGACCCGAGUGGACUUCCGUCUCGUGAGGCCUGCAGCGCGCACGAUUUCUUACUUUACUACGGGACCACCGAAGCAAGCGCAGCGCGCGAAGCAUUCUUCAAAGACAUGCACGCUGACUUUGCUGCUCAUUGGGCCGCCGUAGCCAGCGCCCUGAGAGACGAGACGUCGGUGCUCGGCUACGAGCUCUUCAACGAGCCAUUUAGCAGGUCGCCCGGGGCAUCUGAUCGUCGCAAGCUGCUCCCGCUCUACCAGGCCGCGCACGAGGCGAUACGUGCGCACGACCAGCGUGCGAUUGUCUUUUUCGAGCCGCAUGUGCUCAACGGCCAGUUUGGCCUGGCGAGUGACUUCCCGCACGGUGGGCCCGGCGGGGAGCUGUACAAUGAUCGGCAGGCGUUUGCCUAUCACAUCUACUGCCAGAACGGGACAUCUACUGCGGUGGGCCUGGCACUCUGCAAUGUUGCACUUCGCACCGCGUGGGGAUCGUUCCGCGCCAACAAUGCGCGCCUCGGCGGUGGCCGUAUGCUCACCGAGUUUGGCGCCGUUUCGGAUUCACCUCACGCGCUCCGUGUUCUGCGCAAGAGCUUGGACCUGGCGGACGCUCACAUGCAGAGUUGGACCUACUGGUCCUUCAAGCCGUAUGACGACAUCACGACGAAUGCCAGCCCGCUCAGCGAGGGGCUCUACUAUAGGAACGGGACCCUGCAGCGCCAGAAGCUCGCUGAGCUCUCGCGCCCAUACGCCCCUCUCAUCUCCGGCAAGCCCAUCGCGUGGCACUACGACGCAGACUCUCUUGCCUUUACGCUGAGAUACGUGUGCGGCUCGUCAGCAGCGCCGACGGUGAUCUUUGCUCACAAAGCGUUCCACUUCCCGCACGGCGUGUGUAUCAGCAUCUCACCUUCCGAAGCCGCGCGCUGGGAGCAGCCUUCCGAGAAUGUCGUCGAAGUCUGGCACCAGUCGUCAUCAGCUGGGGCCGAGGUUGAGGUGGCCGUGUCUCAGCGAGCCGCGGCGUCCUCCUGUUUAGUAGCGCCCACACCAAGUUUAUACUGA